AUGGAGGCGGAGUAGUUCCCAGCAUGCAGUGCACCAGUGCAGCCAAUGGAGGCGGAGUAGUUCCCAGCAUGCAGUGCGCCAGUGCAGCCAAUGGAGGCGGAGUAGUUCCCAGCAUGCAAUGCGCCAGUGCAGCCAAUGGAGGCGGAGUAGUUCCCAGCAUGCAGUGCACCAGUGCAGCCAAUGGAGGCGGAGUAGUUCCCAGCAUGCAGUGCGCCAGUGCAGCCCAUGGAGGUUUCCCCCGCUCCCCGGGGAUCUGGGUGUGGUGCCUGCCCCACCCAACUCAGCCCGACCAGGCCCUGGUGCUGCUGGACACGGAAGGAUUCUCCGAGCAAGAGGGCGAGGAGACGAAGCUCUCCCGACUCUUCCUCCUGAACGUGCUGCUCAGCAGCGUCUUUGUCUAUAACACCAGGAGUGAGGGCGACCCCCAGAGGCAGCUCGACCGCCUGACGUACGUGAGGGAUCUGCCCCGGGUGGUGCACGUGCUGGACGAGUGCCCCUGGGAGAACAGCUUCCUCCUGAGCAGCGUGCUGCCCGACUUCGUGUGGUGCCUGCGGGACGUGGUGCCCGACCCCUGCCUGGACGAGGCGCUGGAAGCCACGGACCACGAGCUGGACUCGGCUCUCAGCUCCCCGCAAGAUUCGGAGGACUCCCCGUCCAGCUGCGUACAGAGGUUCUUCCCCUGCCGGAAGCUGUUCCGUUUCUGCUCCCCCCGAGGGGAUGGAGGGCAGGGCGAGCCGCCGUCUCCCGCAGGCCAGCUGCACCCCCUGUUCCAGGAGCAGAUGGGGCGUUUUAAGGACUACGCCCUGAGCCGGAGCCCUAAGACUGUGGUGGGGAACAGAGCGGUUGAUGGGGCGUUCCUGGCUGAUUUCCUGGAGCGCAUCGUGGACCUGCUGUGCCGGGAUGAGCCCGUUUUCUUGAGUGAGAUCUGCAGUGGCCUGCAGCAGGAAGGCAGCAAUGACUCCGUGGGGUACCCAGUGGACCCCAUGGGGGGCGCCCCACCCAGCAGAGCAGCAGCCAGCACUGCCCAGCCCCCGGUGCCAGAGCCCAAGAGGGAACACGUGGUCCCGCUUCAGGCGUCUCGACCCGCCCUGCCGGUCCUGGCCAAGGGUGCCCCCGGCACGGCACAGCCAGGCGCCAUGGAGGAGCCGAUGUGCCUGAUCGAGAACAGCCGGGACGGGGAGCUGCAGCUGAACCAGGCAGCCCUGGCCCUGCUCCAGAGCGUCCGCCAGCCCGUGGUGGUGGUGGCCAUCGCCGGGCUGUACCGCACCGGCAAGUCCUACCUCCUGAACCGACUGGCCGGCAAGGACCGGGGAGGGUUCUCGCUGGGCUCCACCAUCCAGUCGCACACCAAGGGCAUCUGGAUGUGGUGCCUGCCCCACCCCCGCCAGGCCGGCCACACCCUGGUGCUGCUGGACACCGAGGGGCUGGGUGACGUGGAGAAGGGCGACACCAAGAACGACACGUGGAUCUUCGCGCUGGCCGUGCUGCUCAGCGGCACCCUGGUCUACAACAGCCUGGGCACCAUCGACCAGCGCGCCCUGGAGCAGCUGCACUACGUGACGGAGCUGACGGAGCGCAUCAAGGUGAAGGCGGCAGGCGAGGGCGGCCGGCAGGAGGGGGAGGAUUCGGCCGAGUUCGUGCGGUUCUUCCCGGCCUUCGUGUGGGCCGUGCGGGAUUUCACGCUGCAGCUGGAGCUGGACGGGCGGGAGAUCACCGAGGACGCGUACCUGGAGAACGCCCUGAAGCGCAGACAAGGCCAGCCCGAGAAGCUGGAUCUGCCCAAGAAGUACCUGCGCCAGUACUUCCCCUCCCGCAAGUGCUUCGUGUUCGACCGCCCGGCCCCGCGCCGCGACCUGGCCCGGCUGGACCAGCUCCCCGAGGCAGCACUGAGCCCCGACUUCCUGCAGCAGGCGCAGCGCUUCUGCAGCCACGUCCACCAGCACGCGGGCACCAAAACCCUCCCGGGCGGCCACGCGGUGACGGGCACCUUGCUGGGGAACCUGGCGGUGACCUACGUGGACGCCAUCCGCAGCGGGGCGGUGCCCUGCAUGGAGAGCGCGGUGCUGGCCCUGGCGCAGAUCGAGAACUCGGCGGCGGUGGGGGAGGCCGUGGCUGCCUACGAGGAGCAGCUGGGGUGGCGGGCGGCGCUGCCCACGGAGAGCGUGCAGGAGCUGCUGGAGCUGCACGCCCAGUGCGAGCGGGAGGCGCUGUGGGCGUUCAUGGCGCGCGCCUUCAAGGACGAGGAGCAGCAAUACCAGCGCCAGCUGAAGGACGAGCUGGACUCCAAGCGCGCUGAGCUCUGCCGCCGGAACGAGCAGGCGUCGUCGGACCGGUGCACGGCCGCGCUCUUGGAGCUGUCGCAGGAGCUGGAGGAGCGGGUCUGCGAGGGGAGCUACUCGGAGCCCGGGGGCUACCAGCGCCUCCUGGACGACCAGCGGGAGAUGGUGGAGAAUUACCAGCUGGUGCCAGAGAAAGGGAUCAUGGCGGCCGAGGUGCUGCAGCAGUUUCUGAAGUCCAAGGAGACGGUGGCCCAGGCCGUCCUGCAGACGGACCAGAGCCUCACGGACAAACAGAGGGAGAUUGAAGUGGAGCGGGCGCGGGCCGAGGCGGCCGAGCAGGAGGCCCAGCUGAGCCAGGAGAUGCAGGCCAGGACGGAGCAGCUGCUGCAGGACCAGGAGCGCAGCCACCAGGAGCACGUCCAGCAGCUGACGGCCAAGAUGGAGCAGGACAGGAGGCAGCUGCUGGCCGAGCAGGAGACAGCGCUGGCCCUGAAACUGCAGGAGCAGGAGCGGCUGCUGCGCGAGGGGCUCCAUGGGGAGGUGGCGCAGUUGCAGCAGCAGAUGCAGAACCUGAGGAAAGAGAUGAGCCGGCCCCCGCGUUCCCGCUGCGUCGUCUGCUGAGAACAGAGACCCAGAGGCCUCGGGGAGCAGGGCUGGGCUGGCUCCCCUCCCACCAGCCUGUCUGAGACGUGGGGGUGCUGGCCAGAGCCAACCACUAGGGUCCUGGUCCGUUUGCGGGUGACUUCGCACUGAGUGAUGCUUGUUGUUUACUGAGAUUUGAUACUGGAAAGCUGUACACGCUGGUGUAUUAUUGUAGGGUCUCUCAUAAACACUGCACCUGCUGCUUGCCCUGGAGUGCUACUGUGGGGUCUCUUAGGUAUUGGGCCCUACCAAAUUCACAGGCCGUUUUGAUCACAGCCAGAGGCUUUUAAAAUUGGUCAGUUUCACGUUUUUAGCUGUUUACAUCUGAAAUUUGCUGGCAGUGCUGUAAGCCUGGGGGUCCCGAGCCAGGGGCACCUGGAGGUGGGUCUGAUCUUCCCCGAGAGUGGCCACGCAGGGGAAGAAGUCCUGUCCCACCCCAGCCAAUGCGGGAAUUGCAGCAGGAGCCCCCCAGCUGGGCGUGCCCAGUAGCACGGGGGAGAUCAGCGCUAUUGCACGGUCCGGGACUUGUGUUUCAGGGCUGUGAAGUUGGUAGGGCCCUGCUUAUGUAAUCUGCUGCUGCUGCUGCUGGUGCAUGCCCUGGUGUGUUAUUGUAGGGUCUCUUGUAACCCUGCUGGUGCUACAUGCAGUGCUGUGUUAUUGUAGGGUCUCUUGUAAACCCUGGCCCUGGCGUGUGCCCAGGCGUGUUAUUGUAGGGUCUCUGCUAUGUUACCAGAUUGGCUUGUUACUUUGGGGUAGGCUCAUUUAUUCGGGUUACUCUUCUGGGGGGGGUUCUGUCAUUCUGCCAAUGUGCUGCUUGUGUCACGGGUGUUCUCGUAUGGAGCUGGGCUGCUCCCUGCUGCAAGGGCCCUCCCCAUGGAGCUGUUCCCAGGGCUGCGUCCCUCCAGCCCCAGAACCAGACAGAGCAGGGCUGCCCAGAGGAUUCGGGGGCCUGGGGCACAGCAAUUUGGGGGGCCCCUUCCAUAAGAAAAAGUUGCAAUGCUAUAGAAAACUGUAUUCUCCUGGGGGCCUGGGGAAAUUGCCCCACUUGCCCCCCCCCUCUGGGCGGCUGUGACACACACCCACACACCCACCCCCCUCUGAGAGGACCGGGUUCAUCAGCACUCCCAAGCUGACCCCUUCUAUGCCCCAGGUUCAGCACGUCCCUGGCCCCACGUUCCCGUUCCCAGUUCUGGCAGUAACCCCCUUGAGGAGCAAACCCCACAGGAGUUUUGGGCGCUGCAGGGAGCUUUAGCUUAGGUCUGAGGAGGAAACCAAAAAACACCCACAAGGAGGGGAGAGCGCGAGAGAAGCAACCAGCUGAAUCAUGAAAAUAAUUUAUUGCCAGGUAAUGAGGGAGCCAAGCAAAGCGAACGGUUCUGAUAUUAACUCUAACUUAGAGUUGCUGAUAAAAGUCAGGUUUGGAAACCUGUCCCUGCUCCCACGAGUCAGGGCCAGAAGCUGCACCGAGCGACGAGCGAGAGCUGGGUUCUCACCGCUCCGUGAAGCUGGAAUCGGUCGGGGGUCCCGGUGAUCGCGGUAGCUGAGCCAGGCCGAGCCCCCAGCACGAUCGGUCAGGAGAAGGUGCAGUCCCCCUGGCACUGAUGCAGAGUUUGGGUCCAGGCCUCAGAGCACUUCCCGGAGCCCGGCUCAGGGGUUUGGAGGGAAAGGACACGGGUUGAAGGGAGACACUCGCUUUGUUUAUGGGUAGACAGUGGAGAUACCAGAGUUGUUUUGUUCAGGCUGCAGGUGGGAGCUGCUCAUUCCUGGCCAUGGGCCAUGUGCCUGCCAGGGAGCUCACAGGGCAGUUACGCAGCCUCACUAGUUUGGAUCCCAAUAAAGGAUUUAUAACUAGACCUGGUCUGAUAACUGCUGGGCUGGGGGGUGCAGGCGGGUUCAUUGACGUCUGGC